AAAAAGAGAGAGGAAAAAAAAAAAAAGAGUUAAGAAGUCGCAACAUUCUGAAACUUUCUCGCUCUUAAAAAGGAAGGCAGAUAAGGAAAAAUCUGAGCACAGAGACGGAGACGAACACACUGUCGUUGAUCUCUGACCGUUCAGAUCCGACCCUCGCCGGCGAUCGCCAUGUUCCCCGCCGUCCGAUCUCUCUCUCUCCUUUCCUUCGCCUUUCUCCUUCUCUCCUCCGCCUUCGCCUCCGAGUCAGAUCACAAGUACCAAAAAGAUGAAGCAGUUACCCUUUGGGUGAAUAAAGUUGGCCCUUACAACAAUCCACAAGAAACAUAUAAUUAUUACAGCCUUCCUUUUUGCCGUCCAUCUGGAAAUGCUGCUCACAAAUGGGGUGGUCUUGGUGAAGUCCUGGGAGGGAAUGAACUUAUCGAGAGCCAGAUCAAUAUAAAGUUCCAACAAAAUGUGGAUAAGGCUACAAUUUGUCAACUUGAACUUGAUGCUGCAAAGGUUAAACAAUUCAAAGAUGCAAUUGAGAAUAGUUACUGGUUUGAAUUUUUCAUGGAUGAUCUACCUUUAUGGGGCUUUGUUGGUGAGUUGCAUCCGGAUAAGAAUAGUGACAAUGGCAAGCAUGUGCUUCACACACAUAAGAAUAUUAUUGUUAAGUACAACAAAGAUCAGAUAAUUCAUGUGAAUCUCACUCAAGAGAGCCCAAAGCCUUUGGAAGUGGGUCGACCACUGGACCUAACGUAUUCUGUCAAGUGGACUCAAACCAAUGUGACCUUUGCACGUCGAUUUGAUGUUUAUCUGGACUACCCAUUUUUCGAGCACCAGAUCCAUUGGUUCUCAAUUUUUAACUCAUUCAUGAUGGUUAUCUUUCUUACUGGUCUGGUGUCAAUGAUAUUAAUGCGUACAUUGAGGAAUGACUAUGCAAAAUAUGCAAGAGAAGACGAUGAUCUGGAAACUUUGGAAAGAGAUGUUAGUGAAGAGUCUGGCUGGAAACUUGUCCAUGGGGAUGUUUUCCGGCCUCCUAGGAGUUUGGUGAUACUUUCCGCUGUUGUUGGUACAGGUGCCCAGCUAGCAUUGCUCAUUCUCCUUGUCAUCUUACUGGCAAUUGUUGGAAUGUUGUAUGUCGGGAGAGGAGCAAUUGUCACUACUUUUAUAGUAUGUUAUGCUCUCACGUCAUUCAUUUCUGGUUACGUUAGUGGUGGGAUGUAUUCACGCCAUGGUGGUAAAAGUUGGAUAAAGUCAAUGAUUCUUACAGCAUCUCUAUUUCCGUUCAUGUGCUUUGGCAUUGGGUUCAUCUUAAACACAAUUGCCAUCUUCUAUGGGUCUUUAGCUGCUAUUCCCUUUGGAACAAUGGUGGUUGUCUUUGUUAUUUGGGCUUUCAUCUCUUUUCCUUUGGCACUUCUUGGUACGGUUGUUGGAAGAAAUUGGAGUGGUGCCCCUAACAAUCCUUGCCGAGUGAAGACCAUUCCUCGUCCCAUUCCUGAGAAGAAAUGGUAUUUGACACCAUCUGUAGUCUCAAUGAUGGGAGGACUUCUACCCUUUGGGAGCAUAUUUAUUGAGAUGUAUUUUGUCUUCACAUCAUUCUGGAAUUACAAGGUAUACUAUGUUUAUGGUUUUAUGCUUCUUGUUUUCCUGAUCUUAAUUAUUGUCACCGUUUGUGUGACAAUUGUGGGGACAUAUUUCUUGCUCAAUGCGGAGAACUAUCACUGGCAAUGGACUUCUUUCUUUUCAGCUGCCUCAACGGCUGUUUAUGUGUACUUGUAUUCAAUAUAUUACUACUACGUAAAGACAAAGAUGUCAGGCUUCUUCCAGACGAGCUUUUAUUUUGGAUACACCCUCAUGUUUUGUCUUGGUUUGGGAAUCCUCUGUGGCGCUGUUGGUUAUCUGGGCUCAAAUUUGUUUGUGAGGAGGAUCUACAGAAACAUCAAGUGCGAUUAAGAUGUCGCCAGGGGAACAACCUGAUAGAGCUUCCCCAAUCACAUUGAUUGUUGAGAUAGUACAGUUGGAGACGAAGUUCCUGGUCAUGGUUGAAGACACGGCAAUAUUAUCAGGUUGAAAUCACAUGAUGUUAGGAUGGGGAUGUAUUCUUCUUUCUCUGGUGUAGGGGAAGCCUUGAGAAUUUUCCUUUUUUGUUUUUUUAACUUCGGUUUUCUCCCCGGCUGUAAGUGAAAGCCUUAAUUUAGAAUGCAGAGAUUAUUUCAUAUACUUUUAAGAAAGUUAGAAAAUUAGACUGUCAUUUGUUAUUUUCUUUUUGGACCUUCUACAUAUAGGUUCUCAAUGUAAGCACUGGUAUCAUAUCUACCCCAUACUCUUUGUUUGUUACAUGCUCAUCAGAGGUAUGAUUGAACUUAAGGGGUAGAAUGACUUGCAAAAUGAAUUUUGUGCUUGUGUCAAUAUAAGGAACUUGUGAAAUUAUAAUUC